CACCGCUGCACCAUGCUGCUCUGAGCGGCAACAAGGAGCUGAUCUCUCUGCUGCUGGAGGCCCAGGCUGCCGUGGAUAUUAAAGACAAUAAAGGGAUGCGUCCUCUGCAUUAUGCUGCUUGGCAGGGGAAGACUGAACCAAUGAAAAUGCUGCUGAAAUCCGGGUCGUCAGUCAACGGACAGUCAGAUGAAGGACAGAUCCCUCUUCACCUGUCAGCUCAGCAUGGACACUAUGAUGGGUCGGAGAUGUUGCUGCAACACCAGUCCAACCCGUGCAUCUCAGAUGCAGCUGGGAAAACACCUUUGGACCUUGCCUGUGAAUUUGGACGUGUUGGAGUGGUGCAGCUCCUGCUCAGCAGUAACAUGUGUGCAGCCAUGCUAGAACCGAAACCCUCCGAUCCCAACGGAGUGUCACCUCUGCAUCUCGCUGCCAAGAACGGACACAUUGAUGUCAUACGGUUGCUGAUUCAGGCUGGUAUAGAUAUCAACAGACAGUCCGAGUCUGGCACAGCGCUACAUCAGGCUGCCCUCUGUGGGAAGACAGAGGUAGUACGCCUGCUGCUGGAUAGCGGCAUCAGUGCAGGAGUGAGAAACACUCUGAGUCAAACCGCCCUGGACAUCGUGAACCAGUUCACCACCACACAGGCCAGCCGAGAGAUCAAGCAACUACUGAGAGAUGCUUCAGCUGCAAUGCAAGUGCGAGCACUGAAGGAUUACUGCAACAACUACGACCUAACCAGCCUCAACAUUAAAGCCGGAGAUAUUAUCACGGUUUUGGAGCAGCACUCGGACGGUCGGUGGAAGGGCUGUAUUCACGAUAACCGCACAGGAAAUGACCGCGUGGGCUACUUUCCCUCCAACAUGGUGGAAGUCAUCAAGAGGGCAGGUUCGCGAACUGCAGAACCGAGUCCUCAAGGUUCUCCAACCCUGGGACACCAAAGCAGCACCAGUGAGGAUAUCUGGGUGCUGCGUAAACCUCUGGCAGGUGGCGAGCGCAGCGGCAGCGUGGGCAGUCUCGGCAGUGUUCGAUCAUCAAACAGUUUGCAGAGCUCUGGAAACACACACGUUCUCACCACCCCUGCACCCAGUCCACUUCCCUGCACCCAGUCGACAACUGGAGUCAACACACAUGGCCUUAACGCUCCGGGCCUGCACGCACAAGCUGAGGGGGUAAAGCUCCUGGCCACUGUGCUUUCCCAGUCGGUUAAAGCCAAGGAGCAUCUCCUGGAGCAGUCGCAGUCUGUUGAGCAGUCAGCGAGCUCUUCCAGUGGCACAGUUCACGAACAGCGUCCGUUUGAGCGGAAGGCAGAGGAGGAUGAUGGGAAAAAGCAGGCAGUAGUGGCGUGGCUGGGUGAGUUUCAGCUGCAGUUCUACACCACCCACUUCCUCACCGCGGGAUAUGAUCUAGACACCAUUAGCUGCAUGACCCCUGAGGACCUGACGGCGAUUGGGGUCAUGAAGCCUGGACAUCGGAAAAAGUUAACAUCAGAGAUCAGCAAGCUGCCGUCCACAGACUGGCUGCUAGACCACAAGCCUGCCAAUCUGGCAGAGUGGCUGUCUCACCUGGGUCUCAGUCAGUACUACCAGGUUCUGGUGCAGAAUGGAUAUGAAAACACUGACUUCAUCUCUGACAUCAGCCUUGAAGAUCUGCAGGAGAUCGGCAUCACUAAGCUCGGCCAUCAGAAGAAGCUGAUGUUGGGAGUGAGGCGACUGAAGGAGCUGCAGAAAGGAGAAAGUGGUUCUGAGCCUCCUCAGAGUCCCUCCACGCCUCCGUCCAGCCCAGGUGGCAGCAGCAGCUCAGAGCCACGGAGGGAGGCCAGGAAGCAGAGGGACGGGGCCCCAAGCCCACUGGCCAAACCUCGCCCAGGUCUAAAGCAAGCACAGACCCCUCCUCAAACUCAGACACAAACCCCACCCCAAACCCCACCACAUGCCCGAACCCAGCAGGCCUCCCCAAGGGCUCGGCCGCGCCCCUCCACCCAGGUGGCUGCGGUAGAUUCCUCAGUGCCGCUGCUUCGGCUGCCCAGCGAGGAGGAAGAGCGACGGAGAACUCACAGUCUUAUUGGCUCAGAAUCAGACUCUAGAUACGCCACCGUGUGCCGCAGCAGCUCCGCACGUACUGCUGCCUCCAAUGACGUCACGGUCAACCGCAGCCAAUCAUCUGUCACCCUCCGCCCCCGUCGGAAAGGUCGGCCCCCAACACCACCUAAACGGUCCUGUUCUUCCAUUACUGGGGGGGACGGGGAAGGGGAAGGGCAGGGGGAGGGUCUGCUUGGGUUGCCAACCUAUCGAGAGCGGCGGGCCAGUGACUGCGGCAGCCUGGGAUCAGCUUUAAGAGCCCAGGAGUCAGGAGGCCUGGAGAGAUCAGAGGGGGCCUCGGGGAGUGUUCGCAGCCUGGCUGCCAUGCUGGAAACCUCCAUGGUGGGUGGAGCCAAAACCCUGCCGAAGAAUCUGGGAGGCGGCACCAACUACUUACAGGUGAGUCCGCCUGUACUCCGUCGCCAGGCACGUGCAGGAGGUCUUGGAUCUGAGGAUGAUGACGCCAUAAGUCGCCGCAGGACAAUCAGCGGACCAGAAGGUAUCCCUGGUGAUGAAGCUGACCUGUUACCUCGGCAACCAGCACAGCCGCGUCCAGAGCCCAGGCCCCGCUCCACCAUGGUCACCUCAGCAUCAGAGAUCACAGACGGCACGGUGACACUCCGUAGGAAGCCGCAUCCCCCGGCAACAGAGUCUAAAGCUCCAGUAUCAGAGGCUACCGCUGUUGUUACCAUGGCAACUGCGUCAGAAACCAUACGCAGGAGACCGCGGAAGUCCGACCACACAGAAAAUGCUGUUCAAAGCAAUCACCAAUCGGACUCUCUGAGCAGUCACACUGAUGGUAGCCGGAAAAAUGGAGAUGAGGUGCAGCACAACGGCGGCGUGGUCCUGAGGCAGAGGCCCGUGUCUCAGGUCUCUGAUAGGACGGAGCCCAACAGUGAGAGCUGUGAGUGGAUGGAGGCCAGGAAGUCUCUGAAGCCAGCUGUCUCACCCAAACCAUCCACAGUGGCCCUGAGAAAGACACAAGCUGAACCCCCAACACCAACACGCAGAGUCCCCAUACCCGGGCCCGAUCACGCUGAGAAGGCACAGAGCCCUGAGCCGAAGCGAGUUCCUCCUCCUGUAUCUCCAAAACCCCGCGGACCUCCAACAGCACCCAAACCAGGCAAAGCAAUAGUAGCCUCGGCGACCAUGAGCCCGGGCUCGGCGGCCACCAGCCCCACCCCGGCACCCAAACCCUCCUCUCCACUCUCCGCUGCCCCGCUUCCAGCUCCCGACACCCCCUCCGGUUCAUCCCUCUCUCCAGGCCUCCCUCUUACAUCCCCCUCUCCGGCCCAGAGUCCCUCCACCCCAUCACCACACCCCGUCAAACCUCCCCGCUCCUCCAUCGCCGGCCUCUCCAUCGACUUGCUGGGAGUGCAGGAGGAGGAGGAGAGGAAGAGGGAAGAGGAAGAGCGGAGCAGAGAGAGGGAACAUAAGAGGUACAAAGAGCAGGAGGAGGAGGAGAGGAAGAGAGUAGAGGAAGAGAGUCAGAGCGAGGAGAAGCCCUCGAGGGAAGAAGGCGCUAGAGAAGAAGUGGAGAGUCAAGUGGAGGGAGCGGAGCCGGAGGAGGAGGGGGUGCAGCAUCGUUUGGAGGAGACCAGCGCCUCCUUGGCUGCAGCUCUUCAGGCUGUGGAGCAUAAAAUCAAAGAGGAGGAUGCACAAAAUGACUCUCUCUCCAGCAAAAAGUCGACAGUCUCCAUCUUGGACGACAUCGGCAGCAUGUUUGACGACUUGGCGGACCAACUGGAUGCAAUGCUCGACUGAUCCCCUGCCCACGCCUCAUCUCCAACAAACCCUUCCCCCUCUCCCCCUCCUCCAUGUGUAGGUACAUCAAGACAGCUCUCUCACGGCUCGACGCUGGUGCUCCGAGAGCGUGUGUGUUUGAGAGCGUGUCCCUCUGGUGCGAGCGCUUCUCAUGUAGCCUUGUACAGUAAAACUGAGGAGGGAGUCCUCCUAACCUGGUGCAGUAGCUCUGUAGUUCACCUCCCGGUGCGAGGAGGCCGCUCCCACACAACCUCUGACCUCUGCAGCCCAGCGAGCCGCCUCCGUCGCCACCCUGGCCUCAGGAGCGGCGUGGACCGAGAAGCACAAUCAUUUCCCCUCAUCCUUUGAAACUCUACAGACUCUGGCUUAGGACAGAGACGCUAACCCAGUCAGACAGGGAGACAGGCCUAUAAGCACAUUGCUUGAAAAAUAAGCACAUAAACUGACAGACAGGCAGAUGAACAGACAGACAGACAAUAUGCAUACAGAUGAGAAUUUUUAAAAGCACAUGGAAGCAGACAGGCUGCUUUCCGAGUCUGUCUCACUCCUGCGAUGUCAACAGGAUGCAAUUUUCCAGAUGAAUCGUAGCCUCUGUUUCUCUUCUGUGUGAGUGGAGGAUUGUGGGUAGCUGCACUUCCUGAGCUGUGUGUUGUCUCCGUUCAUGUUGCCGUUGUUGCUGUUGUUAUCGUUGUUGUCUUUAAAAGAGUG